AGCUCUUUUUAUUUUGAAUCAAAUUUAAUUUACAUUUCAUUUAAAUCACACGAUCUGAGUAGUAACUAGUUAACAAUGGCUUUAUUCAGAAUAACUUCAUCAAAAUCCAUAAUCCAAGCACAUCACAGACUCUUCCCAACUAUUACAUCACUCAAACGAACCAUUUCAUCUGAAAUCAUCGACUUGAAAGUAAUUCUUGAAGACAAAAUUCCAAAAGAGCAAGAACGCGUCCAGAAUUUCCGUAAAGCUCAUGGAGCCACAAAAGUUUGUGAUAUCAAUAUCGAUAUGAUGUAUGGAGGCAUGCGAGGAAUCAAAGGACUUGUUUCUGAAACCUCAGUAUUAGAUGCUGAUGAAGGUAUCCGAUUCCGUGGACUAUCAAUUCCAGAAUGUCAGCAACUUUUGCCAAAAGCUAAAGGUGGAGCCGAACCACUUCCUGAAGGACUUUUCUGGCUCUUGAUGACUGGUGAUGUUCCAACUAAGGAACAAGUCAAUUGGCUUUCAAAGGAAUGGGUUAAUCGUGCAGAUCUUCCUGAAUAUGUUAUCACCAUGCUUAACAACUUUCCAUCAACACUCCAUCCAAUGUCACAGCUUUCAACUGCAGUUACAGUUCUAAAUCAUGAAAGUAAAUUCUCUAAAGCCUACUCACAGCGAGUUCAUAAAUCUAAGUACUGGGAAUAUGCUUAUGAGGAUAGUAUGGACUUGAUUGCUAAGCUGCCUGUUAUUGCUGCAACUAUUUAUCGAAAUAUUUACCUUGAUGGAAAAGGAAUCAAGGAAAUUGACCCGAAUCUUGAUUGGUCAGCAAACUUUUGUCGAAUGUUAGGAUAUGAUAAUGAGGAAUUUAAUGAGUUGAUGCGCUUAUACUUGACAAUUCAUAGUGACCAUGAGGGUGGUAAUGUUAGUGCACAUACAGUACAUGUUGUCGGAUCAGCUCUUAGCGAUCCAUACUUGUCAUUUGCAGCUGGUAUGAAUGGUUUAGCUGGACCACUUCAUGGAUUGGCUAAUCAAGAAGUAUUAGUAUGGCUGCAAAAGUUACGCACAGAACUCGGUGAUGAUGCAAAUGAGGAUAAAGUCAAAGACUUUAUAUGGAAGACACUCAAAUCUGGACAAGUCGUUCCUGGCUAUGGACAUGCUGUUUUAAGAAAGACAGAUCCUCGCUAUACUUGCCAACGUGAAUUUGCUCUUAAACACCUUCCUGAUGAUCCAUUAUUCAAACUUGUCAGCAACAUCUACAAAGUCGUUCCUCCAAUCCUGACUGAAUUGGGCAAGGUUAAGAACCCAUGGCCAAAUGUAGAUGCUCAUUCUGGUGUCUUAUUACAAUAUUAUGGAUUAAAGGAAAUGAACUACUAUACUGUGUUAUUUGGUGUCUCACGUGCUCUUGGAGUUCUUGCAUCACUUGUGUGGGAUCGUGCUCUAGGUUUGCCUAUCGAACAUCCCAUAUCUAUGUCUACAGACCAAUUAAUGAAGACUGUUGGAUAUAAAUCUUAG